AAUGAAAACAGGAAGAAAGACACCAUGAGGAAAUAUUGUCCCAAAAUGAAUCACAGAGCGAUGGAGGGAUAUUGUGCGGGGGAAUGAGUCGUGGACAGAGCGAAUCAGCCGACAGCCGAUGGAAGAGAUCGAGGCGUUGGCUUUUCAGAGAGAAAGAGAGAGAGAGUAAGAGUUCGAUGAGCUGAUUUCGGUGUUGUUCGUCUCAUAUGAUGGAACGGGCGAUGGAGCAUUUUAAUGUACAGCUGAACCGACUGACGCGUUCCCUGCGUCGCGCGAGGACCGUGGAACUCCCCGAAGACAGUGAAACCGCUGUGUACACACUCAUGCCCAUGGUCAUGGCGGACCAGCACAGGUCAGUUUCUGAAUUGCUUUUGAACUCAAAGUUUGAUGUCAACUACGCCUUUGGACGUGUUAAAAGAAGCCUUCUACACAUUGCUGCCAAUUGUGGAUCAGUAGAGUGUCUCGUCCUGCUGUUAAAGCGUGGAGCGAAUCCGAACUAUCAGGAUAUCUCCGGCUGCACACCUCUGCAUCUGGCGGCCAGAAACGGACAGAAGAAGUGUAUGGGCAGACUGUUAGAGUUCAACGCUGACGUUAAUAUCUGCAAUAAUGAAGGUCUCACUGCUAUCCAUUGGCUGGCAGUGAAUGGCAGGACUGAGCUUCUUCAUGACCUGGUCCAGCACGUGUCGAAUGUGGACGUGGAGGACGCCAUGGGCCAGACAGCCUUACACGUGGCCUGCCAGAACGGACACAAGACUACAGUGCAGUGUCUUCUGGACAGUGGAGCGGACAUCAACAGGCCCAAUGUGUCUGGAGCGACUCCUCUCUACUUCGCCUGCAGUCACGGUCAGAGGGACACGGCUCAGAUUCUGCUGCUCAGAGGAGCCAAGUAUCUGCCCGAUAAGAACGGGGUCACGCCGCUGGACCUGUGUGUGCAGGGUGGUUAUGGGGAGACAUGUGAGAUUCUCAUCCAGCACCACAGCAGACUCUUUCAGACGCUCAUACAGAUGACCCAGAACGACGACAUUAAAGAAAACAUGCUACGGCAGGUUCUAGAAUAUGUUUCUCAGCAAAACGACUCGAACUACCAAAGUAUCCUGACCAGCUUGGCUGACGUGGCCACCACAAACGGACAUAAACUGCUGAGCUUGUCCAGUAACUUCGAGGUCCAAACAAAGAGUUUUCUCCGGAUUAUCCGGAUCUUCUGUCAUGUGUUCUGCCUGGGACCGUCCUCCCCAAACAACGGGAGUGACAUGUGCUACAACGGGAACAAGACGCCCCGUAGCCAGGUGUUCAAGCCCCUGGAGCUGCUAUGGCACUCUCUUGACGAAUGGCUGGUCCUCAUCUCCACUGAGCUGGAGAAGGAGAGCACAGACGCAUCAACCUCAUCCUCAGGAAACGACAUCGCCUCACUCUUCCUGAAAAAGCAGGAGGCGGACCCCUCGGGAUCCAGCCAAAGUGCCCCGCUGUUACUGGACGCCAGCUCCGUGAUGAAGACACCCGAGGGUUACGCCGACGGUCAGGACGUCAUCUCGAUGAUAGCCAAUCGCCUGAGCGCCGUCAUCCAGGCCUUCUACAUGUGCUGUUCCUGUCAGAUGCCUCAUGGCAUGACCUCUCCUCGAUUCAUCGAGUUCGUCUGCAAACAUGAUGAAGUACUCAAGUGUUUUGUGACAAGGAAUCCCAAAAUUAUCUUCAACCACUUCCACUUCCUGCUGGAAUGUCCUGAACUCAUGUCUCGCUUCAUGCAUAUCAUCAAAGGCCAGCCAUUUAAAGACAGGUGUGAGUGGUUUUACGAACAUCUUCUGGCCGGACAGCCCGACUCGGAUAUGGUUCACCGGCCGGUUAAUGAAAAUGAUAUUCUUCUUGUUCACCGAGACUCUAUAUUCCGCAGCAGCUGUGAGGUCGUGUCGAAGUCCUCCAAUGAGAAGCUCAAACAAGGCAUUGCCGUGCGGUUUCACGGUGAAGAAGGAAUGGGUCAGGGUGUGGUCAGAGAGUGGUUUGACAUUCUGUCCAAUGAGAUCAUCAACCCAGACUACGCACUGUUUACACAAUCUGCCGAUGGUACCACGUUUCAACCCAACAGUAAUUCCUCUGUAAAUCCAGACCAUCUGAACUACUUCCGAUUUGCUGGUCAAAUCCUGGGUCUGGCUCUCUAUCAUCGACAGCUGGUGAACAUCUACUUCACACGCUCCUUUUACAAGCACAUACUGGGCAUCCCAGUGAGCUAUCAGGAUGUGUCGUCCAUCGACCCAGAGUAUGCUAAAAAUCUUCAGUGGAUCCUGGACAAUGACAUCAGUGACCUUGGCCUUGAGCUCACCUUUUCCGUGGAGACGGAUGUGUUCGGAAACAUGGAAGAGUUUCCGCUCAAACCAGGAGGAACUGCCAUCCAGGUCACACAAGACAACAAGGAGGAGUACGUGCAGCUGGUGACGGAGCUCAGGAUGACCCGAGCCAUUCAGCCGCAGAUCAAUGCUUUCCUGCAGGGCUUUCACACUUUCAUCCUUCCCUCGCUCAUACAGCUCUUUGAUGAAUAUGAGCUGGAGCUGCUGUUGUCAGGCAUGCCUGAAAUCGAUGUGAUGGACUGGAAGAGGAACACAGAGUACACUAGUGGAUAUGACCUGCAGGAGCCUGUGAUACAGUGGUUUUGGGAAGUGGUUGAACAUCUCACUCAAGAAGAAAGAGUCCUCCUCCUACAGUUUGUUACAGGAAGUUCAAGAGUCCCUCACGGAGGAUUUGCUUUCCUGAUGGGCGGCAGUGGCCUCCAGAAGUUUACUAUCGCCGCUGUGCCCUACACAGCAAACCUACUGCCUACCUCCAGCACAUGCAUUAACAUGCUGAAACUCCCAGAAUACCCCAGCAAGGAUGUCCUGCGUGAUCGUUUGCUGGUUGCACUGCAUUGUGGGAGUUACGGAUACACCAUGGCGUGACGCGGGCGUUUGCUGAGACUUCUGCUGGACACACAACGCACACACGACUCAGUUCAGGGAUUCUUCAACUCUACAGUUCAAAAGCCUUUAAAUUUCGAGUCUGUGACAAGGACGUCCGUGGAGAACGGCACGAGCUCGUGAGAUCAUCACGACACUGCAUGUAUGAAAACAAGUCCAGGUCACAUUUCACCAUCAAUUCCAAAUAAGAAAUUAUAUUUUACAUAAAGAAAAUUAAGCCUUUUUAGGGCUUUUAGGAUUUAUUUGAUAUAUUCCCAUUGCUGCGAUAGUCAUGUUUUCUAUAUAACAUCAAACAUCAUUACAUUUUUACAUUUUCUUUCUUAUUAAAAUCAGCAUAAAUGACCAAGAUAGAUAAAUACUUGACUUUUUAUUUGUUGUUGAUGUUGUUUUUGAUGUCAAAAUCUAAGAUGCUAUGCAUUUAAAUAUUUCUUUUUGAAUUGUUUGGUGAAAUAUGACCUAUGUAUGUUCUUGACCGGUUUCAUGUUGGAUUCAUUCAUGCAAAAGUCUGUAUUCCAGGCUGUAUUAUUUCAGCUAUUUGAUGCCGUUUCACUCAGUUGCAUGUGUGUGUGUGUGUGGAUGCAUUAGAGAUGGUUGAAUAUUUAUAGCUGAUAAAGUCAACACAUUAUUGAAAAUUGUUUUGUUUUUCUGUUGCAUUGAUGUGUUUGUCUCUUGUGGCACACUUUCUCUUAGUGUUCUAGACUGUUUUUUACUCUCAUGAUUAUUGUGCCAAAUAUAUUUUUCAUGUACUCAAAUGUGUUUAGUUAUAUAUGAGGUUGUCAUCAUAGUCCAAAAAUUCUUUAUUUUAUUUUUAUGUCUAAAUGGUUUCUGUGCGAUUAAGUUAUUCUGUGAAAGUACCAAAUAAUGUGUUUGGGGUGUGCCAAAUAUUCUCACCAACAAAUCAUAUAGUGUCCUCUUGUAAAACACGAACAUGUCAAGAAAUGAUUUUUGAAAAGGGAAGUCAGAUCAUUUUAGGAAUGUACAAUCUUUACUAUUGGUUGUGAAUUAAAGUGAAAAUGUAGAUUUAUAAAUCUAUUUAUUCUAAUUUAUCAUUAUUAUUUGGGAUUCAAAUUUGUUUUUGUACUUACUGCACAAUCUUUUGGAUAUUACAGGUUGGCAUCAAAAAUAUUAAAGUAUGGAUUUUAUUACAAAUGAA